AUGGUGACACUAUUUCAUGACAAGGUGCAUAAAGAGAUUGAAGUUUAUGUUAACGAUAUGAUAGCAAAGUCCGCUAGGGAGGAAAGUCAUGUGGAAAACCUCCGCAAACUAUUUGAAAGAUUGAGGAAAUACAAAUUCAAAUUGAAUCCAGCAAAAUAUACUUUCGAGGUAAAGCCGGGGAAGUUGUUGGGUUUCAUAGUGCGUGAACAGGGAAUUAAAAUAGAUUCAGAUAAGUUUCGAGCAAUUCAGGAUUUGACACCCUCUAAAACUCAAAAGGAGGUAAGAGCAUGGACCGCCCGUCGACUAAGGCAAUACAUGUUGCAUCACACCAUUUUCCUCAUCUCAAAGUCGGACACUUUGAAGUACAUUUUUAAGAAGCCAUCAUUAUCAGGGAGAGUUGCUCGUUGGCAAGUGGUUUUCUCUAAGUAUGACAUCGUCUACAUGUCCCAAAAGGCUAUAAAAGGAAGCACAGUCGUUGAAUUUCUAGCGAAUCGCUCGGAAGAAGAAUAUGAGCCCAUGAGUUUUGAUUUCCCAGACGAAGAUAUCAUGUCAAUUUUGAAGUACGAAGAAGAAAUUUGGAGGGUGUAUUUCGAUGGAGCAUCCAAAAUGAUUGGGCAUGGAAUUGGGGCAGUACUAAUCUCCUCAAGUGGCCAGUACUUUCCCACUAUAGCUAAACUGAUGUUCACCUCUACGAACAAUGCAGCUGAAUACAAGGCAUGCAUUUUGGCACUCCAGAUCGCCAUUGAGAAAAAGAUUAGGGUUUUAAAAGGUUUUGGUGACUCAGCAUUAGUUGUUUACCAAUUAAGAGGAGAAUGGGAAACAAGGGAUUUCCAACUGAUUCACUAUCAAACAUAUGUGCAUGGAUUGAUCAAAAAUUUUGAUGAUGUUCAAUUUUUUCAUUUGCCAAGAGAAGAAAACCAGUUUGCAGAGCCAUUAGCUACUCUAGCUGCCAUGUUCAAAGUAGGAUCCGAAACAGAAGUGCAACCUAUACAGCUAAGGGGCAAGGACUCGUUGGCCCACUGCGCAGGAGUAGAAUUGGGAAUAGAUGGGAAACCGUGGUAUGUUGACUUUAAGCGAUAUUUGCAAUACCAGCAAUCCUCGGAUUGUGCCUCAGGAAAUGAUAAAUGA